GCUUUAGAGCGUGACACCCAGCGGAAGUAAACAGUAGCAGCUAGCAGCAUUAGCUGGCUGUGUGUAAUGAAUGAAGUGAAGACGGUACUGAGUCACAGCGCAGCUCAUUAUUGAACGAGUAAUUAAAGAAGAAUGAGUUCAGUUGAGAGUUUGAGAGAGUUUGUCAACGAGCGACUAACUGCUGCUGCUGAAGAAAUAUUCAGAGUUUUUAAAACAACUAUCGUCCAGUACGAGGAAGAGAUCGAUCGGCAGCGCGUCAUGCUGGAUAUCUGCUGGAAACCCCAAGUAAAGUUACACAGGAUAGAGCUCCCACAGCAACAUGUCUGUAAGGAGGAGGAGGUUCUGGCUGACCAGCAGCUCUGUAACCAGGAGAGGAACUCCAGUCUGGACCAAGAGGACCCAGAGCCUCCAGAGAUUAAAGAGGAACAGGAGGAACUCUGCACCAGUCAGGAGGGAGAGCAGCUUGUAGUGAAGGUGGAGACGGAUACCGUCAUGUUGACUUCCAGUGAAGCAGAACCAACAAGUGACCACACAGAGCUCCCACAGCAACAUGUCUGUAAGGAGGAGGAGGUUCUGGCUGACCAGCAGCUCUGUAACCAGGAGAGGAACUCCAGUCUGGACCAAGAGGACCCAGAGCCUCCAGAGAUUAAAGAGGAACAGGAGGAACUCUGCACCAGUCAGGAGGGAGAGCAGCUUGUACUGAAGGUGGAGACGGAUACCGUCAUGUUGACUCCAGCUUAUGAGGAAAGUGACCACAGUGAAGCAGAACCAACAAGUGACCACCAGCUCCUCUCUAACAACUCUCAUGUAGCUGAGAGCCGAGACCAGAAAGGAGGAAAACAUGGAGACUCUGGAUCAACUGGAGAUGGAGAGCUGAAGAAAAAGAAAAGACAUCACAGAAACAAUAAAAACUCUACUUCAUCAGACAUUCAACACAACACUCACCCAGGUGAAAAGUCCUUCAUAUGUGACACAUGUGGAAAAACUUUUAAGUUUAAGUACCUAUUGAAUUCACACCUAAGAAACCACACAGGUGAGAAACCGUAUUCUUGCAAAACAUGUGGGAAGACUUUCAAGCUAAACAGUAACUUAACAGCUCACAUGAGAGUCCACACAGGUGAGAAACCGUAUUCUUGCAAAAUGUGUGGGAAGACUUUCAGGCUAAACAGUACCUUAUAUGUUCACAUGAGAAUCCACACAGGUGAGAAACCGUUUACUUGCAACACAUGUGGGAAAACAUUCAGCCAACAUGCAAGCAUAGCAGCCCACAUGAUGACCCACACAGGUGAGAAACCUUUUACCUGUGAAAUCUGUGGGAUGGCUUUCAGGAGUCGCGCUCUAUUAACUUAUCACAUGAGAAUCCACACAGGUGAGAAACUGUUUACUUGCAUAACAUGUGGGAAAACAUUACGUGAUUCAUAUAGUAUGAAAAGGCACAUGAGAACUCACACAGGUGAGAAGCCGUUUACUUGCAACACAUGUGGGAAAACAUUCAGCCAACGUGCACACAUAGCAAUCCACAUGAGAACCCACACAGGUGAGAAACCUUUUACCUGUGAAAUCUGUGGGAAGGCUUUCAGGCGUUGUACUCGAUUAACUUAUCACAUGAGAGUCCACACAGGUGAGAAACCAUUUACCUGUGAAAUUUGUGGGAAGGGUUUUGGGCGUCGUCCUCGAUUAACUGAUCACAUGAGAGUCCACACAGGUUAGAGGCCGUAUUCUUGCAAAACAUGUAGGAAGACUUUUAAUCAAACCAGUGCCUUAACAGUUCAUAUGAGAACCCACAGGUGAGAAACCAUAAUUUUUCCAGGGCAAAGUUUGUCUGAUCAGAAUCAGAAAUCUUUUUAUAUCUGGCGGGGAAAUUUGUUUGUCCCAGCUGCCAAACAACAGAAUAUUUCAAAAGACAAAACCAAUAGCUAAAAUUAACAAUAUAAUUAAAAAGGUAAGAAACAAUUUCUCCUUCAGAAGAUGUCAAAAUAUGUUUGUGUCUAUCUUCAUGCUGAUUUGUCCAUAUUUGUUAACGUGAUGAUUAAAAAGUCGAGUGAAUCGCU